UUCCGCCCUUCUGAUUGGUCGGCUCCCAGGGUCACGUGAGGCCGGGGUGCGGCGCUUGGAGAAGGCUCUUGUUCGACACUGGGGAUGUCAGUGUGGAGGAGCUGUAGUCGGGGAGCUCUGAACAGACACACGCUGGGACUUGACUGUAUCGCUGGAAACUGAGGCUUGUCGGCCUUUGGGCAUGGAAGGUGGAGGCAGCAGCGAUGAUAACAACAGCAUGGACAAAGCAUCCAUCUACUCCCAGACUACCCUGGAGAACCAUGCAUGCCUGCGGAACACAGGACAGGUGCCCAGAUCCCCGUUUCCCUGCCUCGUGUGUGGCAAAGUCUUUGCCUACCCCUCAUGCCUGCGGGUCCACCAGCUGGCACACACCGAGGAGAGGCCGUGCCGGUGCACCGACUGUGGCAAGAGCUUCAAGAGCCCCCAGGAGCUGCGCCGACACAGCCGGCUCCACUCAGGGAGGAGGCCCUACACCUGCUCGGUGUGCAGUAAGGGCUUUGCCCAGUCCUCCAAUCUGCUGGCCCACCAGCGGGUUCACACAGGCGAGCGGCCGUUUGCCUGCACUGUCUGUGGCCGUACCUUUGCUCGCUCCUCCCACCUGCUGCGGCACCAGCUGGUGCACACUGACGAGACGCCCUUCGAGUGCUUCGAAUGUGGCAAGGCCUUCAAGAGCGGCCAGGAGCUGAAGCGGCACCUGCAGGAGAAGGACGGCGAGCGGCCAUUCGGCUGCACUGUGUGCGGCAAGGCCUUUGCCCGGUCCUCCAACCUGCGGGCACACCGGCGGACCCACACCGACGAGCGACCUUUCAGCUGCCUGGCCUGCGGCAAGAGCUUCAAGCUGGCCAAGUACCUGCGUCAGCACCAGGCCGGCCAUGACAUGGAUGGGGGGAGGCCUUGUGCCUGCCCAGUGUGUGGCAAGGCCUUCACACUGCCCUCCGCACUGCGGGCACACCGGCGGAUCCACACCGACGAGCGACCUUUCAGCUGCCUGGCCUGCGGUAAGAGCUUCAAGCUGGCCAAGUACCUGCGUCGGCACCAGGAAAGCCACCGCGAGGGAGUAGGGGCUCGGGACGGGGAGGUAGCUGGCACCACGGAGACCUGGAGCUCGGGGUCUCUUUAAUCCCUGCAACAAGAAACAGGACCGGGGGGUGGGGGUCUGAAUGGAGCCUGUUACACAGGAACAUGAGCCCAUUCAGCCACCUCCAUGAGCCUGUUACACAGGAGCAGAAGGGGGCCCCAUUUAGCCUCUCCCCCCCCCAAACCAUUCGUCAUCUGAACCUUCUGGCACUGAGAAUUCCGCAGAUUCACCUGCGUCAAGUGAAGAAAUUUCUCCUCAUCUCAGUCUAAAAUGGCUGCCACGUCACCCUUAAACUGUCUCCCCUGCCCAAUGCAUUCCGCCCAGGCAUGGCUCAGUGAGAUCCCUCUUGUUCCUUUCAACUCCAGAGGCUAUCAGCUCUUUGUCCUCCAGAUAACCCCCUCGCUCGAGGGACCAAUCUGGUGAAGCUUCCCCGUACUGCCUCCAAUGGACGAUUGUCAUUCCUUACUUAUGGAGAGCAGACCUGCACACAAUUUCUGUAUGCCUGUACUCCAAACCUCUUGCAAUAAAGACUGAUGUGGCAUUUGCCUUCCUAAUUUCUCACUG